GCCCAUUCCCAAACGUUCCAUUCCCAUUGCCAUUGUAAAUCGCAGACAAAAACAAUAUAAAAUUAAAUUAAACCAACUAAAAGUGCUUUGUGUUGCUCAAAAUGCGGAGUUAGGGCUGCCGUACACCAGUAGCCUGUGCUAACCGGAAGUUAAGGCCAUGCUAAAUAGGAUCAAGCAACUGGAAAAGACUGCAACCAAAAUCCGGCUAUAGAAUACAACCAAUGUGGUGUGGGUGUGGCCAAUAGCACACACAUGUGUUGGCGUUUAUGAAUAUUGGCUGAUACAUGCUAUAAGAAGGGAAUCCCCACCAGACAUGCGGCUGGGCACUCAACUGACCAACGGAAAAGCAAUAACUAGCAACUAGUAACUAGGGAUACCACGCCAGCUUCCAUCGACUACGAUUUAGCCAUGUUCUCGGACGACACCGAUGAGUUGGACACCAUCGCCGAUGUGAUGGGUCUCCGGUCACAGGCGCGCCUCAAUACGUUUCGCGAAAUGUGGUACCACGUCUUUCUGUGGGCCCUGUUCUCCUCCAUAUUCAUUCACACCUGCGCCGCCGUGGUGGCCUUCUUCACGCUCCGGAAACACAAGUUCGGACGAUUCUUCUCGAUCCUGAUCCUGGUCAUGGGGUUCCUUUCCCCGGCCUCGAGUGGCAUCAUCAGCAGUGCGGUCAUCGCCUUUGUGCAUCGCGCCUCCAGUCUGCCGAUGUCCCCCAUAUACGCCAUGAUCUGGGGCCUAGGACAGACCAUCGUCUCCGCCUGCCUGGGAUUCACGCGGAUUCUGGCCACGCUGUAGAGCACGGACUGAUGUUUUUCAUCAUGGCCACCACUUACUUCAUUCUCCUCAUCGCGCCCAAUCCAAUGUUCACAGAGUUCCGACUUCCAAGCGGACAUAUUAUCAAUUCUUCAGGUGUGCAAACCACAAUUAAUU